CUCGGACUCCUAACUCCAUCUCCGGCUCGUUGAUGUUACACCUGUGCUGAACUGAAUUUAACUUACCUGCUAGUGACUGUUUCUUGUGGUUCCGCUCCUCGCUUGCCCUUUCCGAUCUCUCAAAAGUUGCUGACGUUGGCCAUCACGCAUCUGUCCUGAUCUCUCCUUAAGCUUCUCACCUCUUCUUUAUCUCCUCCAUCGCCAUCAACACCUCUUGCUUUCGAACUACCGUCAUCUCUCCCACCAUUGCGCAAUAUCUUGAUUCUCCGUCGACUAUGUCUGCAGCGAGACGGGUUGAUCCUCCUCGUCCAGAGUCUGGUACCGGACCUCAGCGCCGUCGUCGCGGUGCUGCUCGGCUCUCAUGUGCCGAAUGCAGGAGACUGAAGUUGCGAUGCGACAGAAAAGUGCCUUGUGAAUCUUGUGUAAAACGAGGCUGCUCCGCCAUUUGUCCAGAUGGGGCUCUUACAACGGGUAAAGGAAACAGAUUUAUACUUGCUUCGACACAAGAAUUGCAUGAAAAGAUCUCCGAGCUUUGCAGCCGGGUCCGUGAGCUCGAAGAUGCGCUGCGCGAAUCGCAUUCGAACCUCUCAGACCAACACCAUCCGCUCCUGACCGAAGAGCUGCUGCGCAUCAAAAUGCCCCUCCAACGUGAAACAUCCGAGCCAAAUCAGCAGGACGGGAACAAGGAAGAGCUCAGCCCUGAUGUUGUCGACUCCUUCGGUUCGCUUUCCAUCAGCCAAACGGGCAAGACAAAGUUCUACGGCCACACCGCCAAUUCCUGGUACUUCCUUCAAAACGAGAGCCCCGAGGAGGAGUCGGAGGACAGGUCAUACGCUCUUGAACAGGUCCUUCCUCCGGAGAUUCUCGCCUUAGGAGAGGCCUUCCCGACUUCACCGACUAGCUCGCCCGUAGCAUAUGCAACUAGUCGAUUCAACAACCUCGUUGGAUAUCUUCCCGACCUUCAGAAGGCUACAGCACUUCGCGAUAUCUAUUAUCAGCGCGCCGCAUGGAUGUACAACCCGAUUUCUCGAACACAGUUCGACGAGGAAGUGUUCCAGCACUUCUACAAUGAGAGCUACACACCACCGUCGCCACCGAGCGAUUCGGCGUCUGCACAUCGACUCGCGCUUAUUUUCAUCGUACUCGCGGUCGGGACUCUCAUGGAUCCGAGCGAGCCGCCGUAUUGCAUUGAGGCUGAGAAGUAUCACCAGCUCGCACGCGCUGCGCUCUUCAAGAGUUCCAUCUUUGAUGACCCCACGCUCCAUGCUGUCCAAGCACUCUUCUUGAUGUCCUACUACCUCUUCUUGGCGGACCGACACGGAACGGGAAGUGGAUCACGAUGGAUCAUCAUGGGCUUUGCCGUGAAACUUGCUCAAAGUAUUGGACUUCACCGAGAUAGCACUAGAUGGCGGAUGUCCGACUUGGAGACCCAGACAAGAAGAGAAACCUUCUGGGAGCUGUAUACAUACGAUUCGUGGCAGUGUCUAACGUUCGGCAGACCUCCGUCCUUCUCCCUUCCUCACGUUGACUGCAAGUUCCCUCAUCCGGUUGAAGACCCGACCGGAGAACGAAGCUUUGACACAUGGAAACAUCGCUUCUCAGCAGAUUGCAUGAGCGUCGUGCACGAUCAAGCGUUCGGAGCAAAGGCACCGAGUUACCAAACUAUCCUUCAACUCGACCGCAAGCUCCGUGCAUUCCCUGUGCCUUCAGUACUUCAAGUCGCUGGCUUUGGAAACUCCGACCCUGGCUCAGAACACCCGUCUGUUAACUCACUAGGUUUGAUCAUGCAGAGACACAUCGUCUUGGCUAUUCGUGAGAUGAACCUGUUGUACAUGCACAGAGGAUUCUUUGCUCGUGCGAUCAGCGAUAAUCCGAAAGACCCUCUUGGUUCGCCUUACGGUACCUCUGUCAUCGCAGCGUAUCGUAGUGCAGGUUCGCUUGUUGCUCUAGUCCGUGAUCUUGAUUCGCAGCUACCUGAACCAACGGAAAGGCUGUGGUUCUUGUGGACACACUUGUUCUCUUGCGCGGUUGUACUGGGAUCCAUUGUGACUCGCUGUCCAUCGAUGAGUCUCGCGCCUUCGGCACUCGUCCAGCUCGACUCAGCUUGUGAGCUCUUCGAUAGGGUUGCAAAUAAAUUCCGUGCAAAUAAAGUCCUGGGUAUCAUGCAAACAUUGCGUCAAAAGGCACAUACCUCCUUGCAAGAGUUCAGAGAAGGGAAGAUGUCGCCUGUCAGCGCAAAUUUGUCUUACAAGAUGUUCCAUGAAGGUACUCCCGAAUUAGAUGAGGACGACGAGCUAUCGAAGCUCGGGGGGAAGACGCGACUCAUUUCACAGAAAGAACAGUCGAAGUCUCCGUCACCAUUAGCUCCAUCACCACUACUCGUUACGCGCUCACCAAACACGCACAACCCCGUUGUGCCGCUUCCGCUCCCUGACGCGUCAUCAGGCGUACAUCCCAAUGUUGUCGAGUAUCUCUCGACGUUCCAUUUCCCUGCUGGUGCACAGCAGGGUCGGCAUCUCGCGCCGAUGGCACACGAGCAGCGGAGCUUAUUUACCAACCAGCAGGGACCUGGAAUGUACCGAAGCAGUUUCGAAAGCGACGGCGCGGGCGCGAGUGCGAUGCACUUCAACUCGAGCGUCGACUUACAAUCACCGCUUCCUACGCCGACGUCUGCUUCGUCAUCGCAGACAAGCCAUCAAUUCGUGUUGCCUAACCCACAAGCACAGGGGCACACCACAAGUACCACUGCUACUACUAGUGGAAACCAACAAAACUACUUCCCGCAGUACUUCCCUGUCUUCGACUACGGUACGGCAGCAAGCGGAAGUGGGUCGGGAUACGCGCCAAUGCAGCUUACAACAACAAACACUGCUGCAUUCGAGCAAGAUCACCCAAUGGCGUAUGAUAGUGUAUCAGCGGCCUCUCAGAAUGGUGGGAUAAGCCUUAAUGGCGGUGCACUGAACGGAAUAAACGGUAUUGAUGCACGGAGCUAUCCUAGUGCGAACGGGCAUCAGGGUCGACGCGAUAUUACGCCUGAGGCGAGUAUGCACACUGCUUGGAUGGACUUUGUCAACCAGAUGAGCGCGGGGAUGAGCGGAUAGCGCUGGAAGAGAGGAGCCUUGUGACUUGUUUGCUCCCUUUUUCGCGCAUUGUCUUUCCCGCUCUUUCUCUCGGAGAGAUCCUUUGGAUCCGGAUCUUGUUGACCUUUAGGAGUAUUUAUAAUAUCCUUCGGUGCUUAGUUCGUUCGUCUUUACGAUACUCCCCCUGUACCAGUUUUUGUUUUAGAUGAGUGGUAUAACCUGUACCACUUCAGAUCUGUUUCUUCCUUUUUUCGUUACCUAUUUUGUAAUUACUUCGACAGCUUGUCUUCUUGUAAAUUACAUCGUCUAGUUGCCGUGUAGGCAUUUAAGAGGAAUAAGAACGAGUAUGUAUU